CAUUAUAAAUGCAUAAAUUAUUCAGAAGUGGUAGAGUUUUAUAGCAUGGCGGCCCUACGCGUUUUCCUCCCCGCUACAUGACCACGGGAAUGCUUGUAAUUCUCUGGAGUUCUCUAUGCUUGCUAAACUUAUGUUGCAAGCUAGAUCUAGUCAAAGGAGAUGCCACUUUCGACAAUAUGAAGGAGGCUCCUCUAUCCACAAAGCAAGUCCAUAGAACAUUUAGAGCGGCAGAUUCAUGCUAUGACAUUGAUGGUAACCAAGUAGCGAAUGGGCAGAGUUAUGUCCCGUCUGGGAACAAUGCUUGUGUACACUGCAAGUGUGUGUCUGGGGGACCAGAGGAGUGCUUUACCACAAAGUGUGCUGUCCCGACAUGUCAAAAGUACAAGGCGCUGCCUGGAAAGUGUUGUGCAUACACAUGCCUUGAUGAAUCUACAGAGAAGGCAGAGCUUGCCAUAAUUGUGAGCUUAUCAGUUGGCCUUGUGCUGUUGCUACUUCUACUGGGACUAGUGAUUCACAGAAACCGCAAGAGGUUAAGACGGCGGCAACAUGAGGAGCCUGCCAUGGACCCGGAAGAACGGGGUGAGCAGCAAGGGAACAAUAACUCAUUAGACAGCCCACUCAACAAUCAACUGACUCCUAUACAAGAGGAAACAGAGGGCCCUCAAGAAUUUGAGCCCCCGCCCCCAUACACACCCAUAUGUAAUGUCCACAAGUGCAAAGCGUCUCAAAUACACAACAGUCGACAUCCACCAAAUGAGCCGCCACCACCAUACCACAUAGACUCCAAUUUGAGAGCAACACCUGUGUAGCUCAAUAUAAAUGCCAGAAUGUACCUUGAGGGAUGUUACAAUGAAUGUACUGGAAGAAAAAUAGGGUGUAUCGGAGAGAAGAAGACAAUGGAGGCUAUCAAAUAAGCCACAAUAAGGAUAAUCUUAUAAUUUGGUAAAGAAAAUGUGGAGGCAUCACUCAAAGAUAUCUAAUAUGUUUGAAACAAAGAAUAUACAGUAAUGUUUACAACCAUUCUGUAAUGCCCAAGUUGUACUGUAAAACCAAUGCCUGGAGGAUUUUCUCGAUGUUCAAUGCCGAGACAACAGUAGAGAAUAAUAGGACAGUGAAAUCUAAAAUGUUAAUAACAGUACAGUUUUAAAAGUUGAUGGAGAAUUUGUUGAAGUAUUAGAAGUUUCAAGUUCGAUGUUUUUUAGAGGCUGCAAGUACUGUCAAUGCUCAUUUUAGCUCCCUUCCAUAUGAACAUAACAUAUCAAACAAAUGCCCCCGACACAAUCACCUAGAAGAUGCGGAGAUGCACAUAAACAAAUAAGCUCCCCAUCUCAAAUUAGCACACUCUCACACGAGCCGCCCAAAAUUAAUAAGAGCCUGAAUGAUCAUUUAUGGUAAUUGCCUGGCUUCCAUCAUUAUUUAAACAGGUAGGCAGAAGGAAAAAAGAAAAGUUAUUUAAUGUACAUAAUUAUCUUGUUACUGUGUAAAAUAUGUGACUGUAAAUGUUCUUAUUACUGCUGUGAUAAUUAUUCCAGAAUGUUCUGGCUCAUUUUUUUUAGUUUUAUGCCUUAAAUAAUAUUACCAUUAAAAAGUUAAUGAAAAUAAAUGUUUAACAA